GCCGUUCCUUCUCCAAUGUAACAAACUCUCUCUCUCUCUCUCUCUCUCUCUCUCUCUCUCUCUCUGCAAACUCUCCCCCUUCGUCCAAACUUGUACUGAGUUCCACUUGCAGAUCUUUCCUUUUCGAUCUCCGAUUUCUCACAGCUUCAAUUGCCUCAUCCGUUAUCGAGAAUAUCGUCGUUUCCGAAGUUCACUCUCUCUUGUGUAAGUUUUAUCUUGCAAUUUCCUAAUCGUGGAUUAGGGAUUAUAAUGAUUUGGAGGACAAAUUGUGGAGAUAAUUGCAGACAAGUCUUAAUUGUGUUAUACAAUGGGAAGUGAGAGGAAAAUUACUGCUCCAUCAGAUACUGCAGAGGAUAGUGUACAGAAAAUUAGAGCACUACAUGGGAGGACUACUGGCCCUACAAGGCGUUCCACCAAAGGACAAUGGACCGCCGAGGAGGAUGAUAUUUUGAGGAAGGCUGUUGAGCAAUUUAAAGGAAAGAACUGGAAAAAAAUAGCGGAGUGUUUCAAGGAUAGAACUGAUGUACAGUGCCUGCAUAGGUGGCAAAAAGUCUUAAAUCCAGAACUUAUCAAAGGUCCUUGGUCUAAAGAGGAAGAUGAAACAAUUAUUGAUUUGGUAAACGAAUAUGGGCCUAAAAAGUGGUCUACUAUCGCACAGCAUUUACCAGGACGUAUUGGUAAGCAAUGUCGAGAAAGGUGGCAUAAUCAUCUUAAUCCUUCUAUAAACAAGGAAGCAUGGACGCAGGAAGAAGAGUUGGCUCUAAUACAUGCUCAUCAAAUUUAUGGGAACAGAUGGGCAGAAUUAACGAAGUUUUUGCCUGGAAGGACAGACAAUGCUAUAAAGAACCACUGGAAUAGUUCUGUCAAAAAAAAAUUGGAUUCUUACUUGGCAUCAGGCUUGCUUACUCAGUUACAAAAUGUUCCACUUGUUGGAAAUCCAAAUCAACCAAUUGCUUCAUCCUCUGCAAGGUUGCAGUGUAGUGAUGAUAAUGGUCCUAGGGAGACUGAAGGUGAGGAAAUUUCACCGUGUAGCCAAGAAUCAGUUAAUGCCGGUUACUUUUCUUCUGGAGGAGAGUUGAACAUUGUUGCUAUACAAAAUGGGGAGGAGUACAGACCAAAUGAAGAAUCUAAUCAACCAUCCUGCUCUGAGCCAUAUUACAUGUCUCUAGAAGACGUUACUCGCCAAGAGGUUUACUCUUCUCAAUUUAUUGAACAGAAAUAUUCAAAUGAACACGGAAGUUCCUCUACAAACGCAGAUUGCGAAUUUAAUUUACAUGCUUUGCCCAACAUAUCCUCGCUGGACUUUGGGCAGGAAUCAUCGCAGUUGCAUAAUGGUUCAAUAGCUCCUAGUGAAAGUCAUGACAUGAUGAUUGUUCCAUAUGGAUAUCAGUCUUCAUCUUUGGAUAAUGUUAAAGGAGAGCAAAACAUGUUGAUAACUGAUGAUGAAUGUUGUAGAUUCCUAUUUUCAGAGGCAAUGAGUGAUGAAUGCUUUUCCUCUGGAGGAGUAAAUAAUGUUGACUUAUCUGGAUGCACUUCAUCUCUUUGUCAGUCAUCUUUACCAUCUGGUGGUAGGAUGAUGAUGUAUACUGCCGAAGCCAAUCAGUUGGUAGCCUCUGAGGAUCAACAGUUUGUCUCCAGAGAACAUGAUGGCUUGAUUUAUGCCAACGAUAACAAUAGGAUAGAAGACGUCGUGGAAGAUGAUAAUUUAAAAUUGGUCCCUGUAAAUAGUUUUGACUGUGGAUCAGAUACUAAUCAAACUUGCUAUCCAGUUGAUGAAAAACCAGAUGUGCAUGCAAAACAGGAGGAAACAGGAGGAACUCUCUGUUAUGAACCACCUCGUUUUCCAAGCUUGGAUAUACCUUUCUUGAGCUGUGAUCUUAUACAAUCCGGGGACAUGCAGCAGGAAUUUAGUCCCUUAGGUAUCCGUCAGUUUCUGAUGUCUCCUAUGAACUGUCUUACUCCUUUCAGAUUGUGGGACUCACCUUCUCGCAUUGAUAGUCCAAAUGCUUUGUUAAAAAGUGCUGCUAAAACAUUCAUAAAUACACCAUCCAUAAUGAAGAAGAAGAAAAGAAACCGAGACCUUUUAUCUCCACUAUCAGAUAGAAGAAUGGAGAAGAAACAUGAGAUUGACGUGACAUCAACGUUGAUCAGUAACUUUUCCCGUUUGGAUGUCAUGUUUGAUGAUAUUGAGACUCAAGGUACUGAAGAUGAUAAAGAAAAUUGUGGACAAGCUUGUAAGGUCAACGAGAAAGGUAACUCUCAGGAGAAGAUUGACCAGCAUCCUCUUGAUGCCGAUGCUAAGAUGAAGGAUGAUAUUGAUACUGCUGCUGAAAUUGUGCAGCAACCUUCUGGAGUUUUCGUUGAACAUGAUAUGAAUGAUCUGUCGAUGUAUUCUCCUAAUCAAAUGGGUUUGAAAUCAGACAUUUUUCUAACAUUAAGUGCUAGAAAUCAUAAAAAGUCAGUCUCGAGACUUAACUCUCCUUGUGUUCGAUUAAAGGAGCACGAAAGGCUUUCAGUUUCUGUUACUUGUGUACAAUCCGUUUGUUCAUCAUCAGGCGCAGGGGAGAAUACGGGUGAUCAAACGGGAAAUGAUGGUGGUUUUGAAACAUGUAGCAUUUUUGGUGGAACACCUUUUAGAAAAAGCUUUGAAUCACCUUCAGCAUGGAAAUCUCCCCUGGUGUUCAGCACUUUUUUGUCUAGCCCCAGGAUUGAUACUGAAAUUACAAUCGAGGACUAUGGAUGUUUCUUUAGCCCGGGUGGUAAAGGCUAUGAUGCAAUCGGAUGGAUGAAACACAUCGGCGAACAAACUGCUGCUCAAUAUGCCAAUGCUCAAGAGAUUUUGGAAAUUGAAACUCCUAAGGCGUUGCCAAAAUACGCCUCUGGAAACGACCAGGAAAACAUCGAUCCUCACAAUCAGCAUGGGAACCAUUCUAAGUCAGCUUCAAAUGCUUUGGUAGAGGUUGAACGACGCAUGCUUGACUUCAGUGAAUGUGAAACUCCAGGCAAGGGUGAUAAGGGAAAAUCCUCAGCUAUUUGUGUCUCAAGUCCUUCUUCAUAUUUGUUGAAGAGCUGUAGAUAGAUGGCUGCUUGUCUAUUGUUAUGGCUCAUGCCUCCAGCUGUUUUGCCUUUUGAGUAUAUCAGUAUACUUUAUAUAUAAAUUUGCCUUAAAUUUAUUGUUUAGCUUAUAGUGACAAGACUUAAAUUUGUAAUUGUAACAACAAAAAAUUCCCUUAAAGUUUUAAUGAUUCUUUAUU